UAGUACUGAUUUAUUUGUGAAACUGUAAAGUUCAUAUUUGUAGGAAAAAAAACAGGUUUCUUUCUUUAUCAAAUUUAUUCAUUAACCAUGGCGAAUUUCUUGAAAUUAUUGAUAUGUAGUGGUCUUUUCAUAUCGUCCAUUUAUGGUUUUCCCGAUUCACGAAAUCCAAAUGCUGAAUAUGAGUUAAUAAAUCCCAAAGAUCCUGAACCCCCUAAACCAGUGAUUGUUCCCAUUACUACUCAACGUACUCAUUUUAUCAACACACCACCCCCACCACCCUUAGACUCGAAAACAUUUGUUUAUGAUCCUGUAUCAAACACAUGGACCAAAGUUAAAGAAACCGAUCCACAGCCACAGGAUGGAACCCUACAAUGGAAUCAAAGCAAUGACAAAUGGUUAACAAUGAUUCCGCGUUAUUAAUCAAGUAAACACAUGCAUUGUUUAUUAAUAAGAGAUUAUAAUUUAGAGUUGAUAGAUACAUAUUUUUAGGCUUAUAAUAAAUAUAAAAAUGUAUAUGUACAUGAAAAAAA